AGCCCCUCCAAGCGUGGGACUUGCGUCCUUCGGGAGAAAGAGAAACGCGAAAGAGACGAUAGAGGGAUGAGUUUGAUUUCGGUGCUUCGUUUUAGUCUGGGAAUAACAGAACUUUAUAAACUUGGAUAAUUUUCCUCUCAUUUCUGAAGAAGCAAAAGAUUUCCGGCCCCAAACUUUUAUUUAUUGCUACAAUUAAAGGGGCAAGAAAGAAGUUUUUAUCUGGAGUCCUUGAUUAAGCUAUGAGUAAAUCCACCCUUUUAGUAGUCGGGGGAAGCCCGCCCUCCACGUGUUCUCGUUAAGUUACUUCCCUUUUUCCUGGGGCUUUCGUGUACUUCGUCUUGAGAAGUUGCCGUAAUUUAAAUGUGGCAACACUUCCAGCAAGAAUGGCCAGUGGAACCAUAGUUCUCAUCCCCUCAAAUGGAGCAAACAUAAUCCAAACGGCCCCUGGAUUGCCCACGGUUGCUCUUCAGGCAUCUGGAGCAACUUCAUAUCUUCAGUAUGGAGCUCAGCAACUUGGACUUUCCACCAAUGCUCCUCAGCAAGUCCCACAAAAGAGUCCUUUGGAGAGAUUCUUCAAUGCUGAGCCCAAAGUGCUUGGGGCUAUCCAAAUAUUGAUUGGACUGAUCCAUAUUGCCUUUGGAGCUAUCUCGCUUUAUCUCUUUCCUUCUUACUAUUUUUCCUUGUCUGCAAUUGGAGGUUACCCCUUUUGGGGAGGGAUAUUUUUUAUUUCUUCUGGAUCACUUUGUGUAGCAGCUGCAAACCGUCAAAAUCGUGGUUUGGUGAAAUCCAGUGUAGGAAUGAACAUCACAAGUGCUAUAAUGGCAUUAACUGGUAUCAUCCUGUACCUGUGUGAGAUGAUCACCAACAGACCUUCUGUAUCUAACACUACAGUUAUAAACAGUGUCGGCUAUGGUGUCUCCGUUUUGCUGUUCUUGUUCAGCCUGCUGGAAUUCUGCAUCACUGUUUCACUGGCUCAUUUCGGCUGCCAGGCAACUUGCUCUAGUGGUGCCCAGCCAACCAUGGUUUGUGUGCCUUACCAAGUCGUCGGAGGUGGAGAAAUUGCAGCUGAACCAAAUUCUCUUCCUCCACCACCAACUUACGACAACGUGGUUACCAAAUCUCAAUGUAAAAAAUAUACAAAUAGAAUGAGACUAUUGCCUUAUACACUGCAAGCCGCCCUGAGUCUUCGGAGAAGGGCAGGAUAUAAAUGUAAUUUAACUGUGGCAACACUUCCAGCAAGAAUGGCCAGUGGAACCAUAGUUGUCAUCCCCUCAAAUGGAGCAAACAUAAUCCAAAUGGCCCCUGGAUUGCUCACGGUUGCUCUUCAGGCAUCUGGAGCAACUCCAUAUCUUCAGUAUGGAGUUCAGCAACUUGGAAUUUCCAUCAAUGCUCCUCAGCAAGUCCCACAAAAGGGACCUUUGGAGAGAUUCUUCAAUGCUGAGCCCAAAGUGCUUGGGGCUGUCCAAAUCAUGAUUGGUCUGAUUCACAUUGGCUUUGGGGCUGUCUCACUUCAUCUAUUUUCUCGUUACUAUCUUCCCUUGUCUGCAAUUGGAGGUUACCCCUUUUGGGAAGGGAUAUUUUUUAUUUCUUCUGGAUCACUUUGUGUAGCAGCUACGAACAGUUCAAAUUGUGGUUUGGUGAAAUCUAGUGUAGGACUGAACAUCACAAGUGCUAUAAUGGCAUUAACUGGUAGCAUGCUCUAUAUUUGUGAUUUGAUCAUCAAUGCUUAUCCUCUAUAUAACCCUACAGUUAUAAUCAGUGUCAGUUAUGGCCUCUCCAUUGUGCUGUUCUUGUUCAGUCUGCUGGAAUUCUGCAUCGCUGUUUCACUGGCUCAUUUCGGCUGCCAGGCAACUUGCUGUAGUGAUGCCCAGCCAACCAUGGUUUUUGUGCCUUACCAAGUCAUCAGAGGUGGAGAAGUCACAGCUGAACCAAAUCCUCCUCCACUGACUUACGACAAUGCGGUUACCAAAUCUCAGUAAAACAAGAACACCAGGAAGGAAAUAUGGGAAGUUGAACAACUAGCCUUGUGGUGCCGGCCGGAACAAUCUUGAACUGAACACACUCAAAAUUGUAGAAAUGGUGGUAGAUUUUAGGAUAAGUCCUCCUAUUCUACCACCUCUUACAAUGCUAAAGAACAUAGUAUCAACAGUAGGAACCUUCAAUUUUCUAGGUUCUAUAGUAUCUCAAGACUUAAAGUUGGCACCUAAGAUCAAAAAUGUCAUCAAAAAAGCAAACCAAAGAAUGUUCUUUCUGCGCCAACUCAGAAAGCCCAGACUGCAAAGGACCUGCUGAUACAGUUCUACAAAGGAAUCAUUGAGUCUGUCAUUUGCACAUCUAUAAUGGUCUGGUUUGGCUCUGCAACCAAACAAGAUAGAGAGACUUCAAUGGAUAGUUAGAACUGCAGAAAAAACAAUUGCUACCAGCCUGCCUUCCAUUAAGGAUUUGUAUACUGCACAAGCUAGAAAGAGGACUGUGAAAAUAUCUACAGACUUCUCACAUGCUGGACAUAAACUCUUUCAACUUCUUCCCUCAAGAUGAUGCUAUAGGCCAUUGAACGCUAGACACAAGGAUAGUUUUUCCCCCCAUGCCAUCACUCUGCUAAACAACUAAUUCUCAUCCCAAAUUGUGGAUGACAAUUUCUGAGAGGAUGAUUUAUGUUGAUUCCUCAAUGAAUAGCGAUAGAGGUAAUAAACUAUAUCUUAACCAGUGCUACCCCACCCCAUACCACAAUAAAGCAGAUGGAAGAAGAUGGAAGAAGAUGGGGGAUCGAAGAAGACAAAAACUGAUACUCAAGACUUCCAAUAAGAUUUUCUAAAAUUUCAGUCCUAGGGCAUGAGGCUUGUAUCACAGAUACAAUUUGGUGCUUUGCUUGGGUGUCAAAAUAUUUGGAUAGUUUUCCCCUCUGCACUACUAUUAAUCUUCUCAUCGUUCCCAUCACCCAUCUCCUUCCACUUAUGACUGUAACUUUGUUGCUUGUAUCCUUACAAUUUAUACUGAUAGUUUCCUGAUUGCUUAUUUGUACCCUAUGACUAUCAUUAAGUGUAUCAUUAAAUGUUAAAUUUGUACCCUAUGACUAUCAUUAAGUGUUGUAAAUGUUGUACCUUGAUGAAGGUAUCUUUUCUUUUAUGUACACUGAGAGCAUAUGCACCAAGACAAAUUCCUUGUGUGUCCAAUCACACCUGGCCAAUA